AGAUUUCAUAAUCUAAGCAGUCAGAUACGGUAUCAAUUUUUAAUUGGAUCAUCAUCUAUAUCAGUAAAGGAGUUUACAGAGAAAAGGUGCACAUACCACGAAACAAGCCCUACAUAUUCAUGAGAGGCAAGGGAAGAGGCCGGACAACAAUCGUCUGGUCGGAGAACUCUGAGGACAGCUAUCGAUCUGCCACGUUCAAAUGUGAAGCACCACAUUUUGUUGCCUACGGCAUUAGUUUCAAGAAUGAGGCUCCCACUGGCAUUGCUUAUACAUCUCAAAACCAGUCUGUAGCAGCAUUUGUAGGAGGAGACAAGGCUGCCUUCUACCAUUGUGGAUUUUUCAGCAGCCAUAACACACUCUUUGACUCUAAGGGCAGACACUACUAUCACAACUGUUACAUUCAGGGCUCCAUAGAUUUCAUCUUUGGUCAUGGGCAAUCGAUAUAUCAUGAGUGCGAAAUUUUUGUGAUUGCUAAUAAGAGACAUGAAAUCCAAGGAUCUAUCACAGCACAUAGCAGGCAAAGCACCAAGGAAAACAGUGGCUUUGUCUUCGUCAAGGGGAAGGUCUAUGGCAUCGGUGAUGUGUACUUGGGUAGAGCUAAUGGAGCAUAUUCCAGGGUAGUUUUUGCAAACACCUACUUUUCUCGGACAGUCAUACCUCAAGGCUGGACAAACUGGAGUCAUUCGGGCAGUACAGGAAACUUACACCAAGCCGAGUAUAAAUGUCAUGGACCUGGAUCUGCUUCAACAAACCGCGCAACUUGGUCAAAACAACUCACUGAUAAAGAAGCAGCUCCAUUCCUCUCUCUAAAUUUCAUCAAAGGCAAGGAAUGGCUACCAGAAUGGUUUUUCUAGUGCAGGUGCAUCUUUACACUUCAGACAGAAAGGGCACCUCUAGCUGUAAAUUUAUCCAUGCCUAGAAGUUAGUGUAUAAAUUACUGUAUAGAAAAGCUACUGAUCAUGUAAAC